GGGAUCUGCAGGGUGAGAUUUAUACAAGGAAAUCCGAAUGCAACUCUGACCCAUGUGGCCCACAUAUCUUAAACAAUUUCCACUUCGGACUUUAAGAGGCAUUUAUCUCCACCAUCGCCGUUGCUUGGGAAGUUGACAUUUUCAAUUAUUAGGGAGCGGUCUUUAUGACUUGAGCAUUUAAUACCCAACUGCCAAACGCGUAUGAUCGCGCCGCACCAUAUAUCCUUACUUCGAUAAUUAUAUUUCCUGGUAAGAAACUUCAAUAUGAUGCAGAAAUUCGAAACUCUUACGGCCUACCCCCGGCCCAGUUUGGGUGCCUGGAAUAUUAGGCGACAAUUCCUUCAGGAAUCCCUCAUUGCUCUUCAGCUGAAAUCAUCACCAUAAUAUGAAACAUCACCCAAAACUACAUCAAAAUGGACCCAUGUGCUACGUGUCGUGAUUUAGAGCCUCUACCAGGUUUCUCUGGUGGUUUCAUUACCGGCGGGACAGGACAGGACUUGAAAGACUCAGGAUCUACUUGUCAAUUAUGUUCGAUUCUUUGGGAGGGACUGGAAGUCUUCUGCUUGAAUAGUCCAGCCACGGUUCAAUGGAUGGCGCUUCGCCAGGCAGAAGACUCAUUUCGGCUUCAGUAUAAAAGAUCCUCAGCCGAGAGAGCAUGGAUGGGCCUUCAUUUCUACACAAAAUACUCACAAGACCGGUUCUCUGAUGUUUUCAAGCCCACCAACGACCUCGAGCCAGAUACUGCAUGUAUCAAGUAUCUUUCGCAAAUGAAGGGUUGGAUUAAGACUUGCGAUGAAAAGCACCAGGUCUGCAAGAGUCGUCAGAAUAAUUAUCUCCCUACUAGAGUGUUAGAUGUCUCGCGCGACCCGGACAGAAUCUUUCUUUACGAGCCAGCGAAAGCGGAUAAAGGACCCUAUACUGCGUUGAGCCAUUGCUGGGGUGGUGUUGUUCCCAUUAUAACCACAGAGAAUACCUUAGAUAAGUUCAAGGCGGGGAUUUCGAUUGAGGCGUUCCCUAAAACGUUUCGCGAUGCGAUUCUAGUAACGCGGGAGCUUGAGUGUCGGUAUAUUUGGAUUGACUCCCUCUGUAUCGUUCAAGAUAGCAAGGACGAUUGGAGGCAUGAAGCUUCGCGCAUGGCAGACGUGUACGGUAAUUCCUACGUCACUAUUUCAGCCACUGCGUCAGAAAAUAGUAGUGGUGGCCUUUUCCGUCGGCACGACCCUCUAGACCUUAAACAUACGGUCCAGCGUCCUGCCGAAAAUGGCGUUUGUGCUACGGUGCAUGUGCGUCCAGCAUUGGAACACGCACCUUACUUUGCUAGUAGCCCUUACGGACUAGAAUCUUCGACACCUGGGCCACUCCUCGAGCGAUCUUGGUGUUUUCAAGAAUAUCUUCUGGCUCCUCGCGUACUAUCUUUCACGGAAUGGGAGAUACUUUGGUUAUGUUUAUCUAAACGAUCCUGCAAUUGCGGGGAGUAUAAUGAGGACAUGCGCGAUAUCGUUGCUGCGAGCGAUUUGAAGGCUAGAUUUGAUACGCAGCUCCGCGAUUCUUCACCGAAAGAUUUACGUCGACUCUGGCAAGACGUCGUCGAAGCGUAUUUGUUAAAGGGUUUAACUUACGACACCGAUAGACUACCUGCAUUGGCUGGAAUUGCGCAUUUAUUUUCGCAGAGGAGCUUAGGUCGUUAUGUGAACGGUCUCUGGGAGCCAACUCUUGUCGCCGAUCUUUUCUGGGGUCUUGAUUCGUCAUUUGCGCAAAACUACGAUAUCGUUGCGAAACGCACUUUACAUCAAGCAAUGCCGUCAUGGUCGUGGGCGUCUGUUUCCGGAUCUUUUCGCUAUGCUCCUAGUACUUAUGUUUUUGAGGGCAUUAAGAUCAUUAGUAUUUCAUGGGAACCGAUGAUAUCCAACCCUUUGGCACAGGUUUCUACUAAGACCAUAACUAUUCGCGGGGUACUCGUCCAGGCUCUCGCUUGGGGCGGAGCAGAUUACGAGAAAAAUCCCAGCAACCAUUAUCGACGAGUUCAAAUCCACAAUGAAAAGGAUCACAGUUGGUUGGUAGAUGUCACGUCGGAACUUUAUUGCGACCCUGACAAUCCAGCGGACGUUUACAUUUUCAGUGGUACCAAGGGUCCGGGACUCGUUCUUCGCAAUGUAAAGGGAUCUUCGUCUACAUACCAGAGGAUAGGCUUCAUUGAGGGUUAUCCACCUAAGCGGGAUGAACGCGGUUCAGAAACCAUUCAGAUGAUAUAAGAAGUGUCGCAUCAAUGAGGCGUGGGCCUCCCGCCAUGCGAUACCGAUCUUGGAUGAUGAAUUGUGAACCCAGAAUACGGGUACAAUUUUUCUACUUCAGUAAGAAACCGGGAACAAGCGACGAGGACACGAUGCCAUACUCAUGUCUAAAGAAUACUGAUAUACCUAUAUGGAAGCGGUUAUGAUGUAAUUACUGCAGAUUGAUCGAAGAUUUAUAGUUCCUACAGGAUACCAUUUCAAGUAAGCAUGGCCAACGAGUUCUUCGCAGCUGCCUAUCAUUUAAAUUAUGAAUAAAUGAAUGUUUUCGCAGAAA